GUCGGCAGAAUUGUUGGUGUUAGGGCCUUCUGUGUAGUCUCUAGAUCUUUUUGUAACUGACUUAAAAAAUGAGAUUGAUUUUGUUUCGGAUCUAGGCAACAUUGUGUAGCUGUACAAAGUGUUAAUAAAGAUGAGUUUUGUUGUAGAUGGUUUUCACUAAAGGAUAACACACUAGAACCUUAGGGUUGGAGGAUAACACACCGUCCUAGGAUUGGAGGAUAACACACCAGAACCUUAGGAUUGGAGGAUAACACACCAGAACCUUAGGGUUGGAGGAUAACACACCAGAACCUUAGGGUUGGAGGAUAACACACCAGAACCUUAGGGUUGGAGGAUAACACACCAGAACCUUAGGGUUGGAGGAUAACACACCAGAACCUUAGGGUUGGAGGAUAACACACCAGAACCUUAGGGUUGGAGGAUAACACACCAGAACCUUAGGGUUGGAGGAUAACACACCAGAACCUUAGGGUUGGAGGAUAACACACAACAUGCCCGAAGACUCAGUCAAGGUCGCCGUCAGGGUGCGCCCUUUCAACCAAAGAGAAAAAGAUCGUCAGGCCAAACUGAUCAUUAAGAUGCAGGGCAACAUGACCUCAAUCAAGAACCCUGAAGCACCAGGUGAAGAACCAAAAAAGUUUUCUUUUGAUUAUUCUUAUUGGUCCCAUGAUGGCUACACUACAAGGGCUGAUGGGAUUUUGGAGGCUACAUCAGGAUCUCAUUAUGCCAGCCAAAAAGAUGUUUUCCAGGACCUUGGUCAGGGUGUCUUAGACAAUGCGUUUGAAGGCUAUAACUGCUCCCUCUUUGCCUAUGGGCAAACAGGAUCAGGGAAAUCAUAUUCCAUGGUUGGUUAUGGGCCCAAUAAAGGAAUUGUGCCGAUUACAUGUAAUGAGUUGUUCAAGGCCAUGGCAGCGAAUACUGAUGAGAAUAAGCGUUUUGAAGUCACCUUUUCCAUGUUGGAGAUUUACAAUGAGCAGGUGCGUGACCUACUUUCUAAAGACAAUCCUAAAGGAGGUCUUCAAGUUCGACAAAAUCCCAGACUGGGAAUGUUUUAUGUUCAAGACUUGAAAAAAAUACCUGUUGGAAGCUAUGCUGAAAUUGAAAUGCGAAUGGAACAGGGGACCUCCAACAGAACGGUGGCAUCUACAAAUAUGAAUGCCACCAGCAGCCGUGCCCACACCGUGGUUACCAUUGUCUUUGACCAAAUCUCCAGGCAGGGAGAUGGUGAGGAAACAAAGAAAAGCAGCACAAUGAACUUGGUUGACCUGGCUGGCUCAGAGAGAGCUGACUCCACCGGCGCCACUGGGGACAGGUUGAAAGAGGGAGCCAACAUCAACAAAUCUCUCUCUGCCUUGGGAAAUGUCAUCUCAGCUUUAGCAGACGCCUCAGAGAAGAAAAAAGUGGUGGUCCCCUACAGGGAGUCUGUGCUGACCAAACUGCUGCAGAAUGCUCUUGGUGGCAACAGUAAAACUGUGAUGAUAGCUGCCUUAUCCCCUGCUGAUAUCAACUAUGAUGAAACUCUGUCCACUCUAAGAUAUGCUGACCGUGCCAAAAAAAUAAAAAACCAAGCUGUUAUCAAUGAAAACCCACUGGAUAAAAUGAUGAGAGAAUUAAGGGAGGAAAAUGAAAAGUUGAGGAAAGCUCUUGAAGCUGGGAAUGUUGCAUCAAUGGAGGGAAAGGGCUCAAUGAGUAAAGAAGAAUUUGAAGCAAUGAGAAAAGACAUGGAAGAUAAAAUCAGAGCUCAGUUGUUGGCCAAUCAACAUCUAUUGGGAGAAAGUGACCAGACCUGGGAUGAGAAGCUAUCAGCUGCCAGGAAUGAAACAGAAGCCAUAGCUAAGGAAGAAAACAAGGAGAUAGCAAGGAAACAUAAGGAGCCACAUUUAAUGAAUCUUAACGAGGAUCCAAUGUUGUCAGGCGUGGUUUCUCAUUUUAUGACUGGACAGACAACAGUCAUUGGCCGUAAAGAUGGAAACCCUGAUAUUGUUCUUAAUGGUCUGAGCAUUCAGAAGAAGCAUGCAAUACUAGCCAAUGAAAAUGGGGAAAUAGUUUUGAAACCUGGAGCUGAAGGGGUUAAAAUUCGUGUCAAUGGUAUCCCCAUAGCAGGGCCCAGAACUCUUGAACACAAGGACAGAAUUAUUUUUGGCACCAACCAUGUGUAUGUUUUUGUCAAUCCGCUGAAGCCAAAGUCACCAGAAGGCACACCUCAAGAGAUCACGUGGGAGUUUGCACAAAAUGAAGUAGCUCAGGCUAAAGGAUUCUCUACUGGCCUGGCUGGACUUACUAAAGAGCAGCAAAAAGCCCAAGAACAAAUAUUGGAAAUUCUACCAAUGGUAUCAGAAGUGAAUGCAGUUUCAGAGGAACUUAACAAAUAUCGUUCUUUUGAAGUUGUAUUGAUUUCAGCUGCUGUACAGGAAACCAAAAAUAAAUCAGAAAAUGAAUCCCAAACAGCUGAGGAACUCAUUAAGUCAAGGGUGAUGGUAAAGAUGAAAGACUUGAGGAAUGGAAAUGAAUGGCUUUGGGAACAUGGUAAAUUCAUGAACAGGAGAUAUCUAAUUCAGGAAAUGUACCAAAAAUAUCUGGAUGGAGAAAAUGUAAUGACAAUAUCAAGAGAAAAAGAUCCUUUCUGGGAGCCAGCUGAAGACGCACUUAUCGGAACAGCAAAUGUGUUUUUACAGUCACUGUCUUAUUCACUGGACUUUGCUGAUGAGCUGUCCAUCACUGACUACAAAGGUGAAGAGGAAGGGAAGCUUUCAGUCAACAUUACACCAUGUGACAGCAGUGGCAAGCCAUUGGAUGAAGACAGUUUUGUGGAGGAGCCAAAAGAUCUCCUAGGGAAACCAUUUCACUUCAAAAUUUGUAUAAGAUCAGCAGAGAUUUUAAACAGCAGAUUUUCAAAAGGUGUUAAAGUCAAGUACAGACUGUUAAACGACACUGAGUUCACAGAGACCAAACUGGUAGAAGGAACUCUAAGUCCACAGUUCAACCACAGCAGGGUUAUUUCAAUACAAAGCCUUCAUCAAGAGCACCUGGAUUUUUUUGAGAGCAGCACUGUAACGUUUUUAAUCUAUGGGAAGCAGGAAGAUGUGCCUGGAAAUGCUAAACUUUCCAAACUCUCAACAAAGGAACUUCGUCACAUGGAGCAGAUAGGUCCAACAUCUCAAGUCAACAGGAAAAAGUCAGUUAUUUCACAUGAUCUACAAGCUCCUGAAAGUUCACAUUUAAAAACUGAACUUUUCCUACUGCAGCGCAAGUAUGAGAGACUCGCACAGAAAGAAAAGAGAAUGAUGCAAUUGUGUUUUGACUGGAGCAAGAAACCAGCAGAUGAACAGCAAUAUGAUGCAUUCUUCCGUGCAGUUUCUUCAGUUGCUAAUAGCACUGGAACAAGACUUAAAACUCGUGUACACUUGCUAAAUAAGGCACUUCAUGCUAAAAACUUUAUACAAGCCAAACAUAAUAACUCUAAUGGUACAACACAUCAUGAUGAUGAAGACACUGUUAGUCUCUUUGUAUUUGGGGAAGAAGAAGAGGACUUAGCAAAUGAAGCUGCCAAGUCUAAUGGCAUCAUUGACUAUCAUAAAGUAAAAGAUCAUCAUUUCCCUGUAGAGAAAACAACCCAUCUAGGAAGCAAUGGCUAUGCUGCCAAUGGUGUAAAGGGAAACAAGUCUGAUGACAAGGGCAGCUCAGCUUGUACAAUCACAUAAAAAUAAGAGCAAGGUUAAAAUAUGGAUCAAAUAUUUUAACUGUUUUAACUUCUAUCAAUAGAAUAUCUGUUAAGCUACCAACCAAUAUAAAGAAUUCAAUUAUGUUACAUGUUUGUUUUAAAAAGUGCAAUUGUUAAGUAUUUUAUCUUUAAUGUUUAAAUUGUUUGUGUAAUUUAGUUGCCCAAAUGAUAAUUUGAAGUAAGAUCAUGAUAGAAUUUUAUAUUUGAUUCACUAUAUGAAAGUGAUAACUGAUUCCAGAAUACCCCUCCAAAAAAAAAGACAAGAAAACUUAACUUACCUACCUCAGAUCUAAUGAUAAAACAGAAGAUAUAUUUUUGUUGAAACUAAAAAUAUUUGACCAGAAUCAUCUUGUAAUCAAAUUAUUUAGGGGAAAAUCUUACCUUUGUUAACCUGAUUAAGUCUUUCUAAUCAUAUCACUGCACAAUAGUUGCACAUUUAAACUGUUUAAAGCACAACUAGGCACAUUAAAUUAUGAUUUUUUUAAAAAGUAAGUCAUUUUUGUAACAAACAAAAUUAAAUGAACUAUUCAUUGUAUUGGACUCUGUGUUUAAUCAAUAAUGAAUGAUUGCUAUUAUUUACAAGCUGCA